AUGGGAGCUCUUCCAGACUGGUGUCCGACGUAUAGCUCACGCAAGAGAGAUAGCUCCACUGGUGAAGAGGUGUUUUGUAUAUGUAAAAAACCCGAUUCUGGAGAACUCAUGGUCGGAUGCGAUGGAUGUGACGAUUGGUUCCACUUCUCGUGUUUAAAGAUUCCCAGAAAGUACAACAAACUGGUAUUCUCGUUCUACUGCCCGUAUUGCCAAGCGGGAGUUACUGGGCCUGGGAGCAGGGACGGGAAUUUGCCCAAAACGCUAUGGAGACGUAAAUGCCGAGUCCAAGAUUGUUUCAAGCCAGUGGCCGAUAACAGCAAGUAUUGCAGCGAGGAACAUGCUCGAGGCUACUUGCAAGGUCUUGCGGACCGUGUAGAGGUGCGCGGCUACGAUGCAGCGCUCGUGCUGCGACAAAUGCUUCAAAAUGCCGAUUUGGACGCGUUCAAGAGCCUAGGACAAAACGGUGUUCCGAAGCCAUCAGACGCGCUAGCGCCGCGCUUAUUCGAGGACGAUGCACGUCUCUGUGAUCUAGAGUCGCAAUUGCGGGACCUGCGCGAUCGUGACAAGCCACAGGUGGAAUCGCAGCUGGCCACGCUCGUCCAGUACGUAACAUGGGUCCAGGCUGUGAACGAGCUGUUGUUCGACGGUUCGAAUGUACAAGCUGCCGCAGCUUUGUCCCAGUCCCAAAAACGCAAACGAAACAUCAAACCCAAAGCCAUGUGCGGCUACUGCCGCGACCUGAGGAUCCCGUGCUCUGCCCAGGACUUUGCGCCCCGAUUCGACGAAGAACAGCUCUCAAUAGAAGGCGUGUGUUGCAAGCUCAGAUGCUCCCGGCACUUAGACUGGGCUGGUAUCCAGGAAAACGGCCUGCGAUUCCAGCUGGAGACGUUCGAGUCGUCCGAAGAACGCCUGACACUUUUGGUGAAAAUUCGAGAGGACCAACUUAAGAUGCAAUUCUACCGGAAAAUGGUUGACCACGGCGUGGAUCCACAGCCUCCACUACUAGCUAAUGAAUAA